AUGAAUGAAUUCGCACACAAAGGGGGUACUAUGCUCAAAUAUCAAAAUGGUCAUCACCUACCCAUUGCUCCGGAUGAAACAGAGGAGGAACUAUCACCCGAAGAACGCCGUAAACGGGAAGAAUUCAAAGCGAAACGGCGUAUGCUCGCUCUUGAAGGAGCUGAUGGUUUAGACCUCAAGGCUGUGCUGGCGCAUCGCGUUUCGCUGGUGGACGGCGUUGAGGAAGAAGAGGAACCGGAAUGGGAUGAGGCCGCGCGAAAUUCCGCACAAAAUCCGGUAGCAAUGGACAGCUCUGUUGAUGGGCCCGAGGCUGACGGGGAUGAUGAGGCUGAGAAUCAAUUGAUCUACUCCAUGGGUGAGAUUUCCUGUACAGUACCAAACAAGGUUAACACCAUCUCCAAUCCGCGUUCCGAUCAUUCACAUCAAUAA